AUGUUUAUUUUUACAGAUUGGUGCAAACGGCAAGAUCACUCAAGCAGACAAGAGGAGAUUUGUGAAAACUACGAAACCUUUGGUGACUUCACCCUCGACUUAACAGCUGCUCUCAAAUCCCUCCAGGAACUCGAUUUCACCAAAGCUCCUGGCAAGCCAGUAUUACAGCCGAAAUCAUCCAACCGUUGUACCUGUCUCGAAUGGACGCCACCGACUGAUGGGGGCGUUGUUGCCUCUUUCUCUUUGGAGUACAUAAAGCUCGACACCAAACAGACGACAGACGAAGGUAUAGAAAGACCUACCAGCCUACCGCUCAACAACGCUAGCGACGACCAAGAUGAUUCCGAGAAUGACGAAGAUUGGACCACGAUUUCGGGACUGACGGAAUGUCAGUAUGAACAAAGCAAUCUGGAGAUGAAUUCUUCGUAUAAAAUUCGGGUGAAGGCUGUUAAUCCUGCGGGGACGAAAUCAAGCGAGUGUAUACUUUUGAAAACACCGCCAGCUCCAGUCCUGCCUUUCAAGUGGAUCCAGUGCCAAUCCAGCGUUGCUCAUACAUCUUCAAAGGUUCGAAAGGACGGCCAGGAGGUCCUCGUCUCACCAACAUCAACAUUGUUCUCCUCGAACUCCAGCUCGUUCCCGACCUCGCCCAUCGCUCUCGAACCCGUCCACUUCGUGGGGGACAAGAAGCUGACGAUGGGGAAACACUACUGGGAGGUCCAAGUUGACAAGUCCACUCUCGCUAUCCACGACGGCAUUGCCAGUGAGCGCAUGGCCGAACGCUUCAGCCGUAGCAACGGCGGAGACGCCAUUGCUGAUCGCGAUAGCGGGCACGACAGCAACGACGAACUGGACGACGAGGUUUCGUUGCAGGAUCCCACCGUUUUCGUCACACAUUGCAUGGGCAAGCUGACACUGCCGUCUCCGACGUCGUCGCCAAAGAAGAACUCGAGCAGGGCACCGUUGAAGGCUUCAAGUCCCAGGUCGUGUAAUAUUGAGUCCAAUGUUAUUGGUGUUCUCUUGGACGCUGAGGCUGGGAAAGUGUCCUUCUAUGAUGGCUCGUCCAAGGAAUGUCUCUUCUCGAGGAAGAUCAAGAUAACCGGUGUAAUCCAACCCGCUAUAUCCAUCGUCGGGUCUGGAACAGCUAGAAUGAAUUAA